AUGGUGAACAGUGUACGGGCAAGGUCAACAGUGUACAGGCAAGGUCAACAGUGUACGGGCAAGGUCAACAGUGUACAGGCAAGGUCAACAGUGUACAGGCAAGGUCAACAGUGUACAGGCAAGGUCAACAGUGUACAGGCAAGGUCAACAGUGUACGGACAAGGUCAACAGUGUACGGGCAAGGUCAACAGUGUACAGUCAACAGUGUACAGGCAAGGUCAACAGUGUACAGGCAAGGUCAACAGUGUACGGGCAAGGUCAACAGUGUACGGGCAAGGUCAACAGUGUACAGGCAAGGUCAACAGUGUACAGGCAAGGUCAACAGUGUACGGGCAAGGUCAACAGUGUACAGGCAAGGUCAACAGUGUGUCACAGGGCAAGGUCAACAGUGUACGGGCAAGGUCAACAGUGUACAGGCAAGGUCAACAGUAUACGGCCAAGGUCAACAGUGUACGGCAAGGUCAACAGUGUACGGGCAAGGUCAACAGUGUACAGGCAAGGUCAAGUGUACAGGCAAGGUCAGUGUACGGGCAAGGUCAACAGUGUACAGGCAAGGUCAACAGUGUACAGGCAAGGUCAACAGUGUACAGGCAAGGUCAACAGUAUACGGCCAAGGUCAGGUCAACAGUGUACGGACAAGGUCAACAGUGUACAGGCAAGGUCAACAGUGUACGGGCAAGGUCAACAGUGUACAGGCAAGGUCAACAGUGUACGGGCAAGGUCAACAGUGUACGGGGCAAGGUCAACAGUGUACGGGCAAGGUCAACAGUGUACGGGGCAAGGUCAACAGUGUACGGGCAAGGUCAACAGUGUACAAGGUCAACAGUGUACAACAACAGUGUCACAGUGUACGGGCAAGGUCAACAGUGUACGGGCAAGGUCAAGUGUACGGGCAAGGUCAACAGUGUACAGGCAGGCAACAGUGUACGGGCAAGUGUGUACGGGCAAGGUCAACAGUGUACGGGCAAGGUCAACAGUGUACGGGCAAGGUCAACAGUGUACGGGCAAGGUCAACAGUGUACAGGUCAAGGUCAGGCAACAACAGUGUACGGCCAAGGUCAACAGUGUACGGGCAAGGUCAACAGUGUAUGGGCAAGGUCAACAGUGUACGGGGCAAGGUCAACAGUGUACGGGCAUGGUGAACAGUGUACGGGCAAGGUCAACAGUGUACAGGCAAGGGCAACAGUGUACGGUCAAGGUCAACAGUGUACGGGGCAAGGGCAACAGUGUAUGGGCAAGGUCAACAGUGUACGGGGCAAGGUCAACAGUGUACAGGCAAGGGCAACAGUGUAUGGGCAUGGUGAACAGUGUACGGGCAAGGUCAACAGUGUACGGGCAUGGUGA